AUGGGAAACACAAUACAAAAAUCCCAAGAAAGUGCAGUAGAAGAACUGGGACAGCUUCAACAAGAAGAAGAUUCGGACUUCACUUGUGAAAUUUGCAUCGAACCUAUGCUAGCAAUCAGAAAAUUCAAGAAUGGUAGCUUGUGUAAACAUCCUUUCUGUUUGGACUGCAUAGGCAAAUAUAUUGAAGUAAAAAUUGAAGAAUCCACUGGUUGCAUUGAAUGCCCUGGACUGAAAUGCAAACAGUCAUUAGACCCUCUCUCAUGCAGUUGUAUCAUCUCAAAACCAAUAUUUGAAAAAUGGUGUGAUCGUCUAUGUGAUUCUACUGUUUUACAGUCUGAAAGUUGCUAUUGCCCAUACCGGGAUUGCUCAGUGUUGGUUUUGAAUGAGUGUAGGGAUAAGCUGAAGAAAAUAAAAUGUCCUAACUGCAAGAAAAACUUUUGUUUCCUAUGCAAGAUUCCAUGGCAUGCAGGAUACCAGUGCAAGGAGAGCAGACAUCUAAGAGAUAGGAAUGAUGUUCUGGUUGGUGAACUGAUUGAAGAGAAAAGGUGGACUAGAUGUUAUAAUUGUGGUCACUCUGUUGAGCGAGUUAGCGGUUGCAGAGAUAUGAAAUGCAAAUGCGGGGUUCGGUUUUGCCAUCAAUGUGGAGGAUCAGUCCAUUUCGGCCCUUGUAAGCACAAGCGCUGUGGAGAUAGAGUAAUUCGAGGUUCCCCCCCACCAAAAAGGAUAAUUUUGCCACCGACCAAAGAUGGGUGCCGCUCGCAAAAGCCCAAUGCCCAAGCGUUUUUUAAGAACCCGAAUUCUCUGGCUCUCCUCCAAUAG